CUGAACACGAUGAGUGAACCCACAGAAUCCGGCGAUUCCAAGCUGCCAAAGAUUGCGAAACAGCCAGAAGAUCCUCCCCAGAAAGAUGCAGCGGCGGAUUUCGAGACCGCGAUCGACGAAGCUGGCUUCGGGAUGUUUAACAUCCUCCUAUUGGUGGCCGCCGUUCCAGCGGCUAUGGGCACCGUCUACGAGACCUCCACCAUGUCCUACAUCCUGCCCAGCGCCGAGUGUGAUCUUCAGCUGAGUCUCCUAGACAAGGGCAUCCUGAACGCCAUCACCUAUGCGGGCAUGAUCAGUUCGGCGGUGAUGUGGGGCUACUUGGCCGACACGAAGGGCAGGAAGAAUCUCCUCAUUCUGGGCUAUGCCGCCGACACCAUAUGCGUAUUGGGCGGGGCAUUCAGUCAGAACAGAAUCCAGUUGAUGAUAUUCAAGUGCUUGGGAGGCUUCUGUAUGAGUGGCCCCUUUGCCGUGCUGAUGACUUAUCUGACGGAACUCCAUGGCCGGAAGCACCGCCAGCGUAUCAUGAUGAUGGUGGGCAUCAUGUUCUCCAUUGCAACGCUCACGCUGCCCGGACUGGCCAUGCUGAUUUUGCCCCAAACGUGGAACCUUCAUAUCUGGACAUUGACGCUGACAUCCUGGCAAGUUUUCGUGGCCAUCACCGCACUGCCCAGCCUGCUUAGCUUCCUGCUCUUCUUUUUCUUCCCGGAGAGCCCCAAGUUCCUCAUGUCCAAGGGGCGCAAUGAAGAGGCCAUGAAAGCCUUCCAGUUCAUUUACCAUCUUAACUCGCGAAAACCCAAGGAUUCGUUUCCAAUCAAACUACUGGCCAAUGAAGUAAUCGUCCCAGAAAAGAAACACAAGAAGGAAACUACAGUUCAGGUUGAGGUUAAGGUGCCCAUCGAGGGUGGUGAAGUUCAGGAUCCAGAGGGUCAGAAAUCCAAGAAGAGCUCCCUAAGUGCGGGUCUCACUCAGCUCCGUCCACUCUUCACCAAGCCCUACUUGAGCCUUUCGCUUUGGGUGUACCUUCUGAACUUUUGCGUUCUCCUGGGGCAGAACACAAUGCGAUUGUGGCUGCCGCAGCUGUUUGCAUCGAUCAACGAGUACGAACAGCUGAUGAGCGGGCAAUCGGAGUCGACGAGCAUCUGCAAAAUCCUGGAGUACAGUGUCAAUCGUACCCAAAGCCAACUGGAAGCAGCCACCCAGAAUGAUCCCAAGACUGAGUGCUCUGUGAACAUAACAGCCUCUACCUAUACCAACAAUCUGAUUGUGGCCGCUGCUGGUUUGGUGGCCUACAUGCUAGCUGGUUUUCUGGUUAAUCUGGUUGGCAUCAAGCGCAUCAUGACAUUGGGACUCUUCAUGGCGGGAUGCUGCUCCAUUGGGAUGUACUGGUCCAGUUCAGCGGUGUGGACCGUGGCCAUUGCUUCUCUGUUUGUCACCAUGGGCAGCAUAUCGGCCACUUCGGUGAUCAGUGCCUCUGUCAAUCUCUUUCCCACCUCGCUCAGGACGAUGAUUGUCUCGCUGGAAAUGAUGUUCGGUCGCCUGGGUUCCCUGCUGGGCAACAUCUUCUUCCCUGCUUUGAUGGGACUGGGCUGUGUGCCGCCGUUCCUCAUGAUCAGUUUCUUUAUGUUCGCUGGCUGCCUGAUGGCCGCCUUUCUGCCGCUCAAGAACAAGGCCGCCUUGAAAUAAGUUCCUCAUGGAUUGGACACUAUCCAACUCGGUUCCGCUGCUGUACAUAGUGUAUUUAACUUAGUUCUUAGUUUACUUUUAAGUGUCUCUCCUCGCAGUUUCUAUUUUAAACUGAAAUUCAAUCAACAUCAAGGGUAUUCUUAGCUUCGGCCCGUCGAAGCCGCCUUCCUUCCUGCCUUCCUAAAUUUUCAAUUAUUUUUUUGUUUUUUUUUUCUUGUUUUGUCCUUUUACUUUGGUUUAAUUGAAAGUUAAUUUAUUUUAGAUUGCAAGUUCCUAGGAUUAAGCAAUUUGUAUGCAAUGCCAGUUCGCUUGUCAAUUACACGAAUUCCUCUCCAUCAAUUUCCAUAAA